AUGCUAUUGCAGGCGUGCAGGUCGGUGGUGUUACACACAUUCAUGCUAUUGCAGGCGUGCAGGUCGGUGGUGUUACAUUCAUGCUGUUGCAGGCAUGCUGGUCGGUGGUGUUGCAUUCAUGCUGUUGCAGGCGUGCAGGUUGGUGGUGUUACACACAUUCAUGCUGUUGCAGGAGUACAGGUCGGUGGUGUUACACACAUUCAUGCUAUUGCAGGCGUGCAGGUUGGUGGUGUUACAUUCAUGCUCUUGCAGGAGUACAGGUCGGUGGUGUUGCAUUCAUGCUGUUGCAGGCGUGCAGGUCGGUGGUGUUACACACAUUCAUGCUGUUGCAGGAGUACAGGUCGGUGGUGUUACACACAUUCAUGCUGUUGCAGGAGUACAGGUCGGUGGUGUUACAUUCAUGCUGUUGCAGGCGUGCAGGUCGGUGGUGUUAUACACAUUUAUGCUGUUGCAGGCAUGCUGGUCGGUGGUGUUACACUCAUGCUAUUGCAGGCGUGCAGGUCGGUGGUGUUAUACACAUUCAUGCUGUUGUGCAGCUAUCACUUCCAUCUCCAGAGCCCUUUUCAUCUUAAAACUGAAGCUCUCCCAUCACACAGUGACCCUUCAUGUCCCUCCCCAGUCCCUGGAAAACACUGUUCAGCUUUUUCUUCCUGGACCUCAUUGUGUGGAGUUCCUCGUGUGAGUGCAGUCACACACGAUUUGUCCUUUUUUUUUUCGUUUGUUGAGACAGAGUCUCAUUCUGUCACCCAGGCUGGAGUGCAGUGGCGUGAUCUCAGCUCACUGCAACCUCCACUCCCAGGUUCAAACGAUUCUCCUGCCUCAGCCUCCCAAGUAGCUGGGAUUACAGGCGCCUGCCACCACGCCCAGCUAAUUUUUGUGUUUUUAUUAGAGACAGGGUUUCACCAAGUUGGCCAGGCUGGUCUCAAACUCCUGACCUCGUGA